UUCGGGUGUAUUUUCUGUAUUGAUUUGGGUGUAUUUGUCACGUUCCAUUGGGUGUAAGUUUAGUAUUUCAUUUCUCGUUUCCCAUUCUUGCAGUGCAUGGCGCUUUCGGAUCACCCAAACGGGGAAUUCGUAUCACCAAAAACGAAAAGGGAAUUCAGGGUGGAAGCCUACCCGAGUUUCAUUCCCUUCAUAGAUAGAAAAAAAUUGACUUCGCACCCAUAUAUUUUUGCCCCUGUCUGCUACGCCGGGCAUUGGUGGUUAUGGCUGAUAAAUACAAGAAAGCGGAAAUGUCAAAUACUUGACCCGCUACACAAAAUAGCUCCCACUGAUGAGAGAAAGACCAUUAAUAAAUUCACUGGAUACGUAUUUUCAAGAUUGAUAACAUAUGCCGGCGGGGGACCUCUUCAAAAAGGGGAGAGGGAGAAGGAAAUUAAAUCACCAUAUGUUAAAAUAUCAGGCCAAAAAACAAGCUAUGACUGCGCUGUGUACGUUAUGAAAUGGAUGGAGAUAAUUGAGCCAGAAAACAUCAAAAAGGGGAAGUAUCAAUGGGAUAAUUGGCCACAGGUAACUGUCAGCAUACAAGCCUAUGCAGAGCUUUUCCUAUCUAGGAUUCGUGGGUAUCUAAGUUGGGUUAUUUAUGAGUUCAUAUAG